UCAAAUAUUGUAGUCAAAAACGGAUACACGUACCGCUUACGUUCAGAAAAGUGUAGUCCGAGACGGUUUAUAGAGUAUUUUUGGUGUAGUGUUCAUAGAGUUUAAAAAGAACGGAAGCGUUGGUGAUGACUAGCGCAUAUUUAGGUCUACCUGACCAAGGUUACAGUUUUUUAGCUGCGUGUGAAACGGAAAUUGAUGUCGUGUCGGUGUCCUAGCAACCUGCAACAUUUGUCCACCUGAAACUUCUGCGUCGAAGAAACUCCCUUUCCUACUAACGUUAGCCCAGCAUAGCCAAACUUUAAUGCAACUGUUUUUGAAAAAAAAGUAAUUGAAGUACAGCCUGUGGUUCAGGAUGACUCCACGUUUAUCGGGAAUUAAUUAGCGUUAUAUUCGCUCACAAACGGUUUGACCUGACAGGAGCAAAGAUGAUGACUGAAAAGCUCCGUUUGACUUGUGAUAGACUCCUGUCACAUCGGCAGCUCGCAUGUUGUCACUAUUAUUGUGGCAUACCACUUCAUGGAAAGGAAAUGCUGAUUUACAGCAAUGUGGACACAGAGCAGAAGUUGUUUGUCCACAGCCCCUGCUGCUAACUGGCCACUAUGGUGAGAUCAGUGCCAUGACUUUUGGAAAAGGAAGCAUGCCUGUCCUCCUCUGCUCUGCCUCUGCUGAUUAUAUCAUCAUCUGGGAUAUUGAACUGUGCCAAAGGAGAACACAGGAGGGCAAAGUUGCAGCUGGAACGGUUAUCGGGACUUUAGUGGGUGAAGUUGUCCAUCUUUCAUUCUGUUUCUCUGAUGAACGAGUGGCUGCAUGCUUGGGAACAACUCUAUAUAUUCUCAGCUCAAAGAGACAUGAAGUAAUUUCUACCUUGACCGGCCACCUCGGACCUUUAACAUCAGCAGAGUUCUGUCCAUGGAAUAAAGACGUUCUUGUCACCACAUCAGAGGAUCGCACUUUUAAGGUGUGGGAUUUAAAAACUGAAGCUGUUUGCUACCAGUCUUUUGUGCUUUCAGCCUCUCCACUGCUCAGUGUGUGCUUCUUGGAGGAGAACAGGCAAUUUAUCACCGGCUCAACUGAUGGACAGGUGUGGUGCUUUUCUCUCCCUGGUGACCGCAAGUGUCACCUGGUGACCAACAUGGACCUUCAGAAGAUGGAAAAAAGACAUCAAGCAGGGGUUGCAGAACAAUCAGCUGUAGAUAAUGUGGAGACUUCAAAACCUGUUCUCAAAAUGGCUUUAUGUAGCUCAUUCACUGACACCAGUAAUGAGCAUAACAAGGACAACAGCUGUUUAUGUAUUGGAAGCUCUGAUGGCCUGUAUGUGGUGGAUCUGGCUACCUCAGAACUCCUAACAGCAUUAUAUUUCAAAGAUUACCCCAACCUGAGCAUCACAAUGGCAGGGUCGUGGUCCAUCUCUCCAUGGUGGGAUAACUCUAUGGUGUUUUUAGUGACCUCUUUGUUUACUCCAUGUGUGGUCCUGUUGGAGUUACGUCUGUGUGACCUAGGGAGGAUCUGGGCUUGUGGUAAAGGCUUUUCGGUGUUCCCGAGUUCUCCUCCACUGCCUGAAUCUCCUCUGAAUGUUGAGUUAAAGAAGAAGGAGCCCAACCAUCCUAAAAAGAAAGGAGGAAUAAAGGAGCAGCCUCUGGUUUUCCAUUCGAAAGUGAAGUCAUCUGGAUAUACCAGUGCCCCAAGAAGUAUUAUGUUUUCACCUAAAACAAAUAUUCAGAAGAAUCCUUCCUCUAAAAAGACUACCAGAAAUACCAGUUUACUCCUCAGAGAUUAUCCAGCAGAUAGUGCAGCACCUACUGUUCCACACAUUCAUCUAAUUAUUGGCAAGAAACCAGUCUACUGCCUUCAAUAUUCAGGUGACGGAAAACAAAUCCUGUGUGGUCUUGGCGACAGCUCAGUGUUAAUGUACAAGUCCUCUCUUACUGGCAAUCCAACUGUCUACACAGGGCAUGAAAAGCCAGUGAGCAGUGUGAGCUGGAGCCUCAACAGACAGUGGUGGCUGAGUGCGUCAGAAGACCAGUCACUACGAAUCUGGACCCAUGGCAGCCCAGAGCCUGCCGUUAUCAUGGGCGACAGUAUGUUCUCCAAACCCAUUAGAAGUGCUCAGUUUUAUUACCUUGACAAAUUUCUGCUUCUGGCAUCUGGACCCUAUCUAUAUUUGAACCUGUAUAAUGUGGACAUUACACGUGAGGACAUCAAAAGAUAUCAGCAACGGAGUGUCGUCAAAUUGGCAAGAUGCUUUACGACGACAUCAGCAACAGACAUCACUGCCUUGUCUGCAAUCAAUGAUUUCUUCUCUUACAUCGUUUUGGUGUGUGGUUCAGAUCGGUCCAUUCAACUAUUUGACAUGAACAAGGGCACAGUUGCCUCAGAGCUGCCUGAUGCCCACAGCAGAGCCAUCCACUGCAUUACACUGAACAAGGGCUCCAUGUUCAGCACGCAAGCUCCCAAUUCAUACAACCUCUUCCUUACCAGUGCAGUCACGGAUGGUGUGAAGAUUUGGGACCUCCGUACACUUCGGUGUGUGCGGCGUUAUGAGAACCAUCUAAAUCGCUGCCAUCCAUGCGCUUCAGCCAUCUCACCAUGCGGCCGGUUCAUUGCCUCAGGCUCUGAGGAUAACUGUGCCUAUGUCUAUGACAUCCGUAGCAGCAGCUACCUCCACAAACUUCAAAAACACUCAGACACGGUGCUCAGUGUGGCUUUCAACCCUGCCGCACCAGAGCUGCUGACUGGGACCCUGGAUGGGAAGCUGAGACUGUUUCAGUCCAGCAGUGGGGCCCGUCUGUCUCUUGACACCAGUGCUGCUGUGCAUAGCGUCCCCAACAUGACUGCGUAAUUACAGCAGGCUGCUGCAAAGACCAUGCAGGUUUUAUUAAAGCAGUUCCAACCCCCUGGCUAGGAUUUUACUGGGAAAGGAGAAUGUAAGGGUUUUGUUUUUAGUUGUUGGUUAUGUGAAGAUCAAAAAUAGAUACAAGUUUAAAGAGGUUUUGUUUUUCUUGUUAUAUGCACCUUUUGUGGUCUUCUACUUAUGUGCUUGAAAGUAUCAAAAGGAGCCACCCAUUCCAGCUCACUCAUCUUUGUUAAACUUUCAGUAUGUAUAUCAUUAGACUGCUUUUCUUUUGACUGAGCUUCAAAGGGAUAUCAUUGGUUUGAUUAAAUACCUUUUCAUUUAACCACAUUAUGGUGAUACAAUAUUUACUCAAUUGCAGAUAGUUACAGCUAAACUUGCCAAAAACAAUUUUAUCAGCAGUUAUUCCCAUCCGUUCUGGAUGGUCAAGCAUCAGAUUUUGUUUGUUCAGUGUGUGGAACAGAUGUACUUCUAUAUCACUGGCUGUGACCACUACUUAACAGAUCAGCACACAUAGCUAUGACAUCAACUGGGUGCAACCUCUUUGGCUGCCAGACACACAGAUGCUACUACUGUUCAUACUGACACACCCAUCCGCAUUGUUUGAGCUGUACAUUUACUCUUCUCUGCCUCAGUCACCACAAAAUGUCAGCUACACUCAACUGUAAUCGAACAGAAUAAAAAUGUAGGACUCUGACACUGAAAUGUAUGAUUUAAAAGGGCUAAAUUGUUGGUAAUGUGUAUGUCAAGUAUGAAUAAAUUGUUACAUCUUGUUUA